UCUCUUUCGUUCCCUCUCCUUUCCUCCCCUCCCCUCCCCUCCUUUCCCUUCCCUACUCUAUCUUUCCCCCUUUCCUUCCCCCUUACCCUCCCAGUUCCUGAACCUGCAGCUCCGCCUGGGAGCGGAGGGAGGGGCUGAGUCCAUUUGGACUCCAGGCCCUGGGGCCUGGUGGCUCAGUCCUUGGCGGUAGCGACAUGCGACUCCUGUUCCUGGCGGUGCUGCGGCCACACACUGGCAAUGCGGUCACGGCCGAGCGCUUGCGGGACCACCUGGAAGCUGCGGGCCACAUGUGCGUUCUGAGAGAUGCCUUUGACUUUGAAAGCCCAUCUGACAUUGCCAACCUCAUCACGGCUGAGAACCUGGAAGCAGCCCUAGCCCUUCACCUCUACCGAGGAGGUAGACUACUACAAGGUCAUGGCAUUCCUUUUGGGGUCAUCUUUGGUGGAACUGACUUAAAUGAAGAUGCCAAUCAUAAAGAAAAAAAUGAAGUCAUGGGGAGAGUCCUAGAGGAAGCCAGGUUCGCCGUGGCUUUCACAGAGGCAAUGAAGGACACAGCGCAGGUGCAGUGGCCACAUGCUAAGGGAAAGAUCUUUGUCCAGAGUCAAGGAAUCGCAACGAUACCAAAUGCCAACUUUAACUGGAACACCUUCCUCCAGCAAUCAGAGAUUGACCAAAACCCAGACAACCUGUAUGUGUUCCUUAUAAUAUGUGGACUCAGGCCAGUGAAGGACCCUCUGUACUUGGUAGAUGCAUUUUCAGAAUGGCAUCAAGAAGAGCCCAGUGUUUACAUGGUGAUUGUAGGCCCUGAGGUAGACCCAGUGUUUACAAGGGAAGUGAAAGACCGGGUGAGGAGGGCUGCAGGGGUGCGUCUGGUCCGGGAGAUGUGCCAGGAAGACCUACAUGCAGUGGUGAAGAGCUGCUUCGCUCUGGUCAACAGCUCAGUCUCUGAGGGCAUGUCAGCCGCCAUCCUGGAGGCAAUGGAUUUGGAAGUUCCCGUGCUGGCUAGGAACAUCCCUGGGAACUCGGCCGUGGUGGAGCACGGAGUCACAGGACUGCUCUUUUCAAACCCUCAGGAGUUCAUUCAGUUGGCAAAGAGACUGCUUAGUGAUCCUGCGUUGGAGAAGGAAAUCGUGACCAAUGGAAGAGAGUACGUGAGGACACACCAUUCCUGGCAGGUGGAGAGAGACACCUACCAGCGCCUCAUCAGGAAGCUGGAGGCGAGCUUGGAGGAUUAAAUGCUGGAAGUCUGUGCUCGCCACUUCUGUCCCAACAACUGUCUGGUGCUCAGCUCUGGGCAGAUGCCAAAAGAUGGGACCUAGUUCUGGACCACUGAAAUCCAAGAGUCUCCAGGAACACAUCCACCCUCAACUCCCCAGUGUGGUAGACAGUUCCAAAAGUGCUUACAGCUCAGUUCUGGAUGGGCUUAUAGCUCACUCCUGAAUGUGCUUAGGGCUCAGUCCCAGAUGUGCUUGCCACUUGGCCCAGGUGACCCAGGUGCAUCUCGGGGGGCCUCUGGGGGAGGGCUCCAAGAACUGCUUACAUAACGUAUGGAGGCUCCUUUUUACGCAACCACAGUGCAGACCCUUCUCCUGCCUUCAGAGUGACCUUUGCCCAUCAUCGCCAGUCCACAAAGAAGAAACAAAAAGGUCAGGACUGUCAACCGAGUAGAACUGGCAACAUUUUUUAUAAGAUCUUGACCUGCAGCCCAUCAAGGGGUCCUGAUGAGCAUGUGGGGGCCCCGGCUGCGGCUGGCGUGUAAAUAAUCUCUGGAGAAGCUAAGAAUGGGUUCUAUCAGAACAUGUCCCUCUUUGCUGGUGCACCCUGAGGCAUGCUUUCCAAAAGAGGUCUGCAGGUCCCACCCACCUGUAUUGUGUCACAGAGAGCCUAGACGAUGAUUGGAUGGCCCCCAUGACAGAGCCUGGGACCCUGAGUUCAAUGUGGACGUUCUUUCCUCUUAUUGCUAGGGAAUUGAGGGCAGGUGUUGACCAAGUCACAAGACUCCAAUGGUGGGACCCAAGACUGUGACAGGAGGUCACUGGGGUAUGGGGAGGUCAGUGAGGUAAGGGGAGGUCAACCCGAGGGCCUUCCGGCAGGAUCUCCUUACACCAGCACACUGUGCAUUCAGCGCCCUCUUGAUGAAUUCCAGUGAGGCUGUGUUGCUGUAAGCAGGGUCACCUGUGCUAAAGCAAGCAGCUUGGAUGCGAAGAGAAGAAAAAAAAUGCAGACAAGAGACACACAUCAGGCUCUGGAGGGAAGUGAAGAGGACUCAGCACCCAUAAUGUCCUUGCUGCAACUCUGAAGGCACGUCCUGGGCCUUUGCUUCCUACAAGCGAACAGAGAGGGGGGGAGGGGGAGAGAGGGAGAGACGGAGAGAGGAAGGAAGGAAGGAAGGAAGGAAGAAAGAAAGAAAGAAAGAAAGAAAGAAAGAAAAAGAAAGAAAAGCCAGCGGCAACAUCUAAUUUUAAGAGAAGCAGGCUAGAAGGUAAACUUUGGAAACCAGUGCUUCAGGGAUAAGACCAGGGCCCCACUCCAUAGGACACAGUCAGGCUUUCCGUUUUCGUACCUCAGAUCCUGCACAGUCACUUUCACGAAGGCUCCCGCAGAGGCAGCGGCAAUCCCGCAGUCCUUAUGCACCUAGCAUCUCGAGGCCAGCUGAGCCACCUGCUCACUUCCUUGGCCCCUGGCUUGAGCUGGGGUCUUAUUCUCUGGGCACAAGGAGAGGGAGGAAGUAAUGGAGCCUGAAUCCCGAGGGCAGUUCCUCUGAGCCCAGAGUUCAGACCGACCCCAGGAGAGGCGUGCAGAGGUCGGUGUCAUUGUUUACAAAGUGGGAUGCUCUGGAAUGCGCACUUCUCCCUUGCCCAGGGUUGACAUCACUGCCCGACCUCCACCAUGCCAGCAUCACUAAGCUACACCUUCUGCGAUGAGCACUUUUGGGAAGGGAGAGUUCUUAAUGAAUAAAGCAUGUCACCAUCAGCCAUA